UGGGUGAGGCCAGCGUGAUCUGCGCGCGCGGUUUCGAGCUCCUGUGGCCGUAGCGCUGUGUGGGGACAUGGCGGCCGUGCUGCCGGCCGAGUUCCAGCUGCCUCUCACUGCUGACGACCUGCUGCGGGGAGACAGUUCACGGCACUAUGUCGUGCAGGAGGUGCUGCCGGCACGAGAGCUGCCGGCCGCCAUCACAGACUUCCAGGCUGCCUUCAGGGAGCGGGGAGCGCUGGCUGUGCUGCAGCAUUUCGACACGGUUUACAGCCUGCUGCGCCACUUCCGAGCCCUGGAUACUGCUGCCAAGGAGGAUGCUCUGGAGCUGAUGAUGCAAGUGGUGACCCAUCAUUCCAAUGAGCUUUCUACCAUCUUGAGUGAUUCUGGGCUGAGCCAUACAGACCGCAACGCUCACCUCAAUGCUCUUAAGAUGAACUGCUAUUUGCUGUCUGGCCUGUUGGAAGCCUUUGAAAUGGAAGCCUUCAAGAGUGGUUUGGCGGAGGUAGAUCCUGCUGGAAAGAACAAGAAGAGCCAUGCCAAGUCCUCUGGGUUCUCAUGGGAAGAUGAGAGGGAACCAGUGUUACAGUUGUUCACACAGUUGCUGCAGCUAGAUCUCCGUCAGCUUUGGAGCGGUUUAGUGGUGGAAGAAGAGUUUGUCAGCUUACUGACGGGAUGCUGUUAUCGUAUAUUGGAGAAUUCAAAUAUUGGUCUUCAGAGGUAUCGGGCCACACGAGAAGCAGCAACGCAUCUGCUCGCUACAGCUUUGACCCACUAUGAUCACAUGUUCAGUGCUACCCUGAAGAUCACACAGAUGCUGCAGCACUUUGAACAUGUAGCCCCGUUGUUUGCUCAGGCUGUGACUCUCUGGGCUAAAGAAUAUGGACUGAAAAGCAUAGUAGGUGAACUGCUGAGGGAAAUUGGACAGAAAUGUCCACAAGAGCUGGCUCGUGAUACUUCUGGAAUCAAGGGUUAUGCUGUCUUCAUCACUGAACUGGCUGAACAAAUUCCUUCGCUGGUGUUAUCCAACAUGAGUGUUCUGCUACGUCACUUGGAUGGCGAGAAUUACAUGAUGCGAAAUGCCAUUUUAUCAGCUAUGGCAGAAGUGCUGCUACAGGUGCUGAAUGGUGACCAGCUGGAAGAAGCUGUUCGUGGUACUCGGGACCAUUUCCUGAACACGCUGCAGGCCCACAUCUGUGAUGUCCAUGGAUUUGUGCGCAGUCGGGUGCUGCAACUUUUCACUCGAAUUGUUCAAGGCAAGGUCCUGCCUUUGACUCAGUUCCUGGCUGUUGUAUCCCUGGCUGUCGGGCGUCUCAAAGAUAAAUCUGUGGUGGUAGUUAAAAAUGCCAUCCAGCUCCUGGCUGCGUUUUUGUCCAAUAAUCCCUAUUCUUGCAAGUUGAGCUGUAAUGACUUGGCUGAGCCGCUCAAGAAAGAGGUGCAGAAGCUGCAAGAAAUGAAGGACCGUUGCAGAGAACCAGCUCCAACAAUCAGUCCAGAAGAAGAAUGGGAAGCAAUGCUUCCAGAAGUUAGGGCUGCUGCAAGGCAGAUCCUUCAGCCAUCACAGGAAGAGGAAGAUGAGGAGGUGCUGGAAGUUGAAGAAACAGCAGAGCGUGCAUCAGAGCAGAUCAUUGGAAUGCUGAAGAAGCUGAAUUACAAGGGUGCAGUUCGCCUUACACAGAAAGCAGUGUGCAGCUUCCAGGCACAAGAGCCCUUCAGUAGCUUCAAAGAGGAAAAUGAGGAGGCAAGGAUCCUGGGCAUUCUGGAGAGACUUUACACAGGUUUUUGCCCAGGUGAGAAUAGUGGGGACUCUCCAUGUGAAAGUGGCAGUCUUACAACUGAAGAAGCUGCGCUGGAAGAGCGGCCUCAAGAGCAGCCUCAAACAGAGCUGGUCAAACAGGAGAUGUUGGUGCAGUAUCUACAAGAUGCCUACAACUUCUCAGUGAAAAUCACUGAAGCCCUGAGCCAGAUCAGCAAGCUGAUGUAUGAAAACUCUGUUUCAGUGGUUCAAGAAGCCAUAGAGUUCUUUGUGACGGUCUCGCAGUUUGGUGUGCCCCAGGCACUGCUUGGAGUCCGCAAGAUGCUUCCCCUCGUGUGGUCGAAAGAGCCUGGUAUCAGGGAGGCUGUGCUGAACGCCUACAGGCAGCUCUAUCUGAGCCCCAGCGGGAAUUCAGAGAGGGCCAGGGCCCAGAACCUGGUGUCUUCUCUCUAUCUCAUCAUGGUGGAUGCAUCGUUAGGAACGAUACAGUGCUUAGAAGAAAUAAUCUCAGAGUUUGUGCAGAAAGAUGAAAUAAAACCUGCUGUGAUCCAGCUGCUUUGGGAGCAGUUCACAGAAAAAACCCAGUGCUCACCACUGGAACGCCGUGCAGCUGUGAUGCUGCUGGGGAUGAUGGCACGAGGGAAGCCAGAGAUCAUAGGCAGCAACCUGGAUGUUUUGGUGACAGUAGGGCUGUCUGAGAGGGUGUGUGAAGACUAUCGCUUGGCAGAAGAAGUAUGCAAUGCAAUCUCCAAACUUGCCAGUAAUUCUAAGCCAGCAAAGGGGAAGAACAACGUCCCAUUUCGACUGCCACAGGAACAAGAACUGUUUGAGUGCCUGAGCAAGGCUGUGAGUAAUGGCUUUACCCAGCAAAGUAGUCACUGGAUCCCCUUCAUGGAAGCAGCAGUAACGCUCAUCUACCAGCUAGCAGAAGGGCCAGAGAAGAUAUGUGCUCACAUCCUGCAGGUGUGCAGCCAGAAAGCUCUGGAGAAUCUGCAAGAGGCUGAUGGGCAGAAAGAGGUAGAGUCAGGGGCUUCUCCCAACAGAGUCUCUGAUGGUGCCGUCAGUCUCCCUACGUUCCUGCUGCUGCACCUGGUGUCCCUUGUGGGGCAGGUGGCAUUGCAGCAGGUAGCGCAUUUGGAAGUGUCUGUGAAUGCGGAGCUGCGCAGGCGCCGCAUCCUCAGGGAGGAGGAGAAGACCAAGAAGCAUAAAGAGCGCUCUGACAGCAGCACAAUAAAGCAGAGAGCUCAGAGCACAGGAAAUGAUAUCACUAUGGAGGAGGAGCUGGGUCUCAUCGGAGCAUCUGCUGAUGACACUGAGGCUGAGCUCAUCCGCAGUAUUUGCGAGACAGAACUUCUAGAUGAGAAGCACCUGCUUUCUGCCUUUGUUCCACUGGUGCUCAAGAUCUGCAACAACCCUGGGCUCUACAGUGAUCCAGCACUUAGAGCUGCUGCAGCCCUGGCUCUUGGCAAAGUCUGCAUGAUCAGCUCAGAGUUCUGUGACUCCCACUUGCGUCUGCUCUUCACUAUGAUGGAGAAGUCGCCUCUGCCUGUUGUGAGAUCCAACCUCAUUAUUGCAGCAGGAGAUCUGGCCAUCCGUUUCCCCAAUCAGGUGGAGCCAUGGACACCACAUCUGUAUGCCAGGUUGCGAGAUCCCUGCCAAAGUGUGAGGCAGACAGCUGGCGUGGUGAUGACUCACCUCAUCCUCAAAGACAUGGUAAAGGUGAAAGGCCAAGUGAGUGAGAUGGCAGCUCUGCUUAUAGACCCAGAGGAAGCAAUCAUGGCAGUGGCUCAAAACUUUUUCAAUGAACUCUCCCACAAGGAUAACGCCAUCUAUAACCUGCUUCCAGACAUGAUCAGUCGGCUCUCAGAUCCUGCCUGCGGCGUAGAUGAGGAAUCAUUCCACACUAUUAUGAGACAUCUCUUCUCCUAUAUUACAAAAGACAAACAGACUGAGAGCUUGGUGGAGAAACUCUGUCAGCGAUUCCGGACUGCCAGAAAUGAACGUCAGUAUCGGGAUCUGUCCUACUGCCUUUCUCUGCUUCCCAUCUCAGAGCGGGGCCUUCACAAGCUGCAGGACAACUUUGACUGCUUUGCAGACAAGCUCCAAGACCCAGCUGUCUACAGCUGUUUCCAAGCUGUGCUGGUUCGAUUCCGCAGAGCAGUUGGCAAACCUGAGGCUAAAGCUUUGGCUGAAGAGCUGGAGCAGAAGCUGUCUGCCUGCCAUAACCAAGGGCUGGACUCAGCAGAGACGUGCCAGGAAGGUGGUAAAACUCCAAUGCCAGAGCCAGCCAAGCGAAAAACAACAGCAGGCAGCUGCCGCCGGCCCCUGAGCACAGCCAACAGGGGUGAUGAUGACGAUGAUUUUGUCACACCCCGGCCUCGAGCACACCAAAAAAAUAAACGUGUCCAGAAGUCCCAGCGGCGCAAAAAGACUGUUAUCAUCUUCUCCAGUGAUGAAGAGAACAGCUCUGAGAAUGAGCUAUUGGCAGAAUUAAGGGAGGAAGAAACCCCCACCAAAACAACUCCCAUCACCAGGUCUUCAACCCGGCGGCUGCGCUGAGGGAACCAUCUGCCACUGUCUUCAAAAAUAAAGCUCGAUUUUUUUUUGCAGCA